UUUUUUUUUUGAGGAGUCACUUCCUCAUCUAUUCACUUUUUUGUGGACUUCUGAACAUGGCUUCUUUUGCCCGGGUCGUCUGCCUCCUCUUCCUCACCUUCUACACGGCAGAUGGCUUCCCGUUUCAUACGGAUAACUCGUGUGUGUUCAACUCGACUGACCUGAAUGACAUCGAGUACAUCUUGUCAUACGUCUACAACAAACUGGAGCUUCUGCGCUUCACCAGCACUUUGGGGAAGUUCGUCGGCUACACAAAGUUUGGAAUCAAGCAGGCCGACUACUUCAACAACAACGAGGACGUGUUGGCCGCCCUGAAAGCCCGAAAGGAAGCCGUUUGCAAACACAACAUUGAGAUCCACUAUGAAACUGCACUGAACAAGUCAGUCAAGCCUCGCGUCAGAGUUCAGCAGGCGUCGCCCCCCGCCAACGGCCGCCACUCCGCAGCGCUGGCGUGCAUCGUGUACGACUUCUACCCCAAGUGCGUCCGCGUCACCUGGCUGAGGGACGGAGAGAAAGCCACGUCCGGGGUGACGUCCACCGAGGAGAUGCCCGACGGCGACUGGUACUACCAGGUCCACUCUCACCUGGUCUACACGCCCAAGUCCGGAGAGAAGAUCACGUGCAUGGUGGAACACGUCAGCCUGGAGGAACCCCUGCGCGCUGACUGGGAUCCAUCCCUCCCCGAGGCCGAGAGGAACAAGUUGGUGAUCGGGGCAUCCGGACUGACCUUGGGGUUGGUCCUGUCCCUGGGAGGUUUCCUGUACUACCGCAAGAAGUCUUGUGUUUUAGGUGCCGGUCGUACUCUGGUUGCCACAGAUUCUGGUGCCCACUGAACCCGCUCCUGGAUCAGCCCCCGCUUUUGAUCAAUAUUAUGCAACCUGCAACUGACAAGUGAUUCGCCGCAGUUUUGUCCCGCUUGAUUGACCCCAGCCGUCACCCAACAAGACGCCGAUGUCGGAUUGAGCUUUAUAAUGAAAGCCGGCUAGACUAGAAAACUCCGGACUGGGUCACAACACACCAAAUUAGAUGAGAUCAGGACAGACGAGAAUAAUUGACACUGGACUCUGACAGAACAAACUAAAAGUGAUUCGUGUAGUCACCAAGGCGAGAUGGAAACAAUCCAGACCAGACGAGUAGAGAUCAGAUGAGAUUUGACUGGGACAAACAGACGACAACGGGUCUAGACUAGACUAGACGACAUACUGGACUAAGAAAGUCUACGCCAAACAAAGAAAUACUGGACUAACCUAGAACAAAGCAGACUGCAUUACAGGCCAGGUUGACCGAGACUACAACAAACCAGAAAAACGGACAAGGACCGAAAACGACAGACCAGAACAAUCCUGACUAGACGGGUGUAGGACCAGAUAAGAUUAGACCACAUCAGACCAUAUUAUAUCGGGCGGCAUGGCGGAGCCUCUGCCUCAUAGCUCUGAGGACCGGGGGUUCAAAUCCCGGCCCCGGCUGCGUGGCAUUUGCAUGUUCUCUCGGUACCUGAGUGGCACUCCGGUUUCCGUCCACAUCCCAAAAACAUGCAACAUUCAGUGGACACACGCUAAAUUGCCCGUAGGCGAGAUCGUGAGUGCGACUGUCGUCUGUCUCCGUGUGCCCUGCGUUUGGCCCGGCGACCGGUUCACCUCUUACCCGGUGACAGCUGGGAUGCGGGUCCGGCGCUGCUGCGACCCUCGUGAGGAUAAGCGGCUCAGUAAACGGACGGAUGGAUGUUACUUUUGUAAAUGGAACCCGCUCCUGCCCACAUCUGCUUGGAAAUGCACAAAGUGUACUUAUUUCAUGUUUACUUUUUGCGUGGCAAAACCCGAUAGUAGACGACCGCAGACCAGACUUGAUGUAUGAACGAGAACAAUCGACAUGUGAUGAUGACCAUAAAAAAAAAAAAAAAAAAUCAAUAAACUUCAGCUCU